UUUUUUCUUUCUUUCUUUUAUUUUUUAAACAUGGUUACUGCCAUUAACGAGUACACUUUUGAAAACAACACGGUUUUCUCUAUUGCCGGAAAGGGCUUAAAAUUAAAUACGGCUGAAGAUGUAAAAGAAUUUGUAGAAACAAUUGAUCAAAUGGAUGAUCUUGAAGUUAUCAAGUUGAGUGGCAACACAAUUGGUGUUGAAGCAGGUCAAGCCUUAGCUGAGGCAUUAAAGAAUAAGACCAAGCUCAAGCAAGCUUUACUAUCCGAUAUUUUCACUGGUCGUUUAUUAUCAGAAAUUCCCCUGGCCCUCAAGGCACUUUGUGACGCUUUUGAACAAGUGGAUCUUUUAGAAUUAGACUUGUCUGAUAAUGCAUUUGGUCCAGCUGGUGCACAACCCUUGAUUGAUUUCUUGAGCAACACAAAGACACUUCAGACCUUACGUCUCAACAACAAUGGACUCGGUAUCGGUGGAGGAACAAUGAUCGCUCAGGCACUUCAGGCCAAUGCAGAUAAGGCCAAGGCUGAAAACCGCGCUUCUUCUCUUCGCACCAUCAUCUGUGGUCGUAACCGUCUCGAGGAUGGGUCCUCCAAGGCACUAGCUCGUGCCUUUGCUUCUCAUGGUACCCUUGAAGUCGUCCGUAUGCCUCAAAACGGUAUUCGUUCCGAUGGUAUCCGCACCAUCGUCGAAGGUUUAAGGGAAUGUAAAAACUUGAAACACUUGGAUCUCCAAGACAACACAUUCACCGUCAAGGGUUCCAAGGCUCUUGCAGCAGCCCUUGGAAGUUGGCCACAACUUGAAAUCUUGAACGUAUCUGACUGUUUGCUUUCAAGGAAGGGCAGUGUCCGUGUAUUUGGCGCACUUCAUCAAAAUACUCAGUUACGUGAAUUGAUGGCUCAGUAUAAUGAAAUUCAAGCAGAUGCAAUCAGAAUCUUGGCAGAUGCAGUAAAGGGGCAUUUGAACUUGCUUGAAAAAGUCGAGUUGAACGGAAAUCGGUUUGAUGAGUCAGAUCCUGCUGUUGAUAUAUUAAAGGAAGCUCUUGCAAAGUGGGAUCAUGAAGAUGCCUUAGAUGAAUUAGAUGAUAUGGAAGAAAUAGACUCAGAAGAAGAGGAGGAGGAAGAGGAAGAGGAAGAAGAAGAAGACGAAAUUGUGAAGGAAGCUAGAGAGGCAGAGUCACAGACGCCUCUGCCAGAUAAAGACCAAGAAGAGGAACUGGUUGAAAAGUUAAACAAAACCCAUAUUUAA